UUUACUUGUUCAACUUGUGUUUGUCUCUGUGCUGAAGUUUUCACGAAUCGAUACCCUAGUAUUUGUCUGUAGAGUCAUUUACUCCUAUUUGGUUGACAACUUAAAGCUGCGUCCUGACAUUAGAACCUUGGAUAUCAUUGAAGCUGAGCCAUCGUCUGCUAUAGUGUACGAGUCAAAUGUUAACCUAACCUGACUCCUCCUACGCAGUCACUUGCUAAUUAUGCUGUGUUCUCAACGACUUCUCAGUAGAAAUGUGGUGCGAAGUGUUAAUGUUACACUCCAAGCAUUAUACUCUGGAAAGCGCAACAGUGACAAUGGCCAGGAGGGUCAAGAUGUUUAUAAUCUAGUCCCGUACUCUGUUGAGUCUGAUGUUGCUGUAAAUAAUUCCAACUGGGAGCUAUUAGCUCAGAGAUAUAGACUCUACAUGCCCGGUAAAUUGGGCCAUGCCUGGUUAGACAACAGCUCAACAGCUCAUCUUGAAUACAGCAAGUCAUUUCAGAAUACCAAAGGAGGGUCAAUGGAAUAUUCUGCCCAAGAGUGCCCCCUUCUUCUUCGUGCAGGGUUAAUGGAAAUGUUCCCUGGUUUGGAUUUCCGUCAACAAAACACUACCAUCAUCAGUUUGAGACAACCUCUGUACCGAAGGGGACGGCGUCAAGACAUUGAUGAACUGACUAAGCUUUUCUUAUUAGCUGCUCAGAAAAUUUGUGGACAGUUAAUGGAUAUGGGCUACUGGGCAGACUUUAUCAACCCAUUUUCAGGUCGCCCCUAUUUUUAUUACAAAGUCCCUCGAGAUGUAUUGUACAAAACUGAUAAACGAUUUCACUGCAUGGGUUUCAACAUUAACAAUAAAGCCAACUGCAAAGUAAUAAGUCUCUCUGUUGAGGCUAAUCGGUAUAUGGUUGGGUCUCUCUUUACUUCUGCUCCACCAUUAGAAGCUAUUGCACCUUUGGUUAAGGAAGCUGAAGAAAAAUCUCAUCGAGACUAAAAAGUACUCCAAAUCUAUACUGCCAAAGUUUCAAGGGCUCACUUGAGCAUUGUACUGCCAACGUCUCAGUGGAUUUCUUACAUCUGAUGUUCACUUUAUUCCUUAUAUUAAUAUUGGUUUUGUUUGAUGUAGCUAAUCCUAGCUAACCUUAUCCAGCAAAUUGAGAGUAUCUAUUGAAUAUUCAUACAGCAAAUUGAAUGUCUUCUAUUGAAUCUGUUGAAUAAAAUGCAAGCCUGCUGUGAUUUCACUUUGUGAUCUUGUAUAGUUACUAAAAGGAGGCAUGAUUGUUGUAUUUAUAAAUAAACAAUUAAAAGACA